CUGGAAGGAGGUGUGCAGGACACCAUUCAACCGCCUUAGAGAGUCCACUCUGGAUUUCUGUAGGUUUUCUUCCAUAGCAUUUUCUUCUCCUGAAGAUAACUCAAGAGGAAGUGAGGGAGUGCACCAAAGUAUUACGACCAGAGAUUUCCUUCCCAAAGGGUUCCCUUCCCUGGUUGACGAGCCCCAUCUGCCCUCACUUUCCUCUGCAUAAUGGGCAGAAUCUGCCUUCUUGACUGUGGGAUUCACUGUUGUUCUCAUCCUCUCCAUCCACCAGGGCCUGCCUUCACCUGCAAUAGAAUUCCCCAACCCACCAAGGACUUGAGACCCAUCAGGUAUCCUCACCUGGUUUAGCCGGCCGGUUGAAGCCGUUCCUGGGAUUGUGGCCCCUAUUCCAUCCUGACAGCUUCUGGAAGCCACAGAAUCAGGAUCCUCAGGAGCGUGUUCUGGCGGCUGGAUUAAGGCAGUGUCAGACUGACAGACAAGCUGAGAUACAAUCCAUCAAAAUUCAAUGACAGCGACUGCGUGAAUCUUCCCAGUCAAAGGACCCAUUUUCAUGAUAGACAGCCCCUGUGGCUGGAGGCUCAACACCCAGGGUGUGCCUAUACAGGCCAAAGACUGCCAGCAUUAGCACAAGGCCUUUCUUCACCUGCAGCAGAAUUCCCCAACCCACCAAGAAUUUGAGACCCAUCAGGUAUCCUCACCUGGUUUAGCCGGUCGGUUGAAGCUGUUCCUGGGAUUGUGGCCCAUAUUGGAUCCUGAAAGCUUCUGGAAGCCACAGGAUAGUCCUGCAUCAGAAGACGGGCACAAGAUCAGACAGCACAUCGUUCUUUAAAAAAUCAAGCUGCUUUAUUAACAUUGAUUGAAGAUUUUGAAAGUUGCUCAUAAAUUACUAUCAUUUGACAUUGCAACUUCAUUUGGGAACAUGGGUAGGAGGUGAGGGAAUGUAGGAGACGUUGAAAUAGGAGAAGGUGCUAAUGGAGCUUGAUGUGUUCUCUUUCCCUUUGUUCUCUUCCUUGAAACCAAAAUAGGAUUCCCUUUCCUCCCACUCUGAAGAAGGAGAUGGAGAAGACAGUCAGAACUCCAGGGGAUGGGGCACAAUUCCCCCCCAUUAGGGAUAGAAAUUAAAAUGUGUGAAAUGUGGAAUAUGCUUCAUUGAAUGAGCACACAAAGUUCACAUCAACGACCUCCAGCAGGGGAGAAACCGUUUAAAGGUAUGGAGUGUGGGAAACGUUUCACUGAUAGUGGAAAACUUAGAGCAAAUCAGCAGACUCACAUGGGCAGGAAAGGACUGCAAUGCAGGGGGUGUGGGAAGAACUUCAGUCAACAUGGACACUUAAGAUGUCAUCAACGGACUCACACAAGGGAAAAAACUUGUCUGGAUUGUCUGGAUUGUGGAAAGAGCUUCUAUCGGAGUGAUAAACUUAGGAGACAUCAACGGAUUCACACGGGGGAGAAACCAUUUAAAUGCAUGGAGUGUGGAAAGUGCUUCAGUCAGAAUGGAAACCUUAGAAAACAUCAACGGACUCACACAGGGGAGAAACCAUAUAAAUGUAUGGAGUGUGGAAAGUGCUUCAGUCAGAGUGGACACCUCAAUAUACAUCUACAGACUCACACAGUGGAGAAACCAUAUAAAUGUAGGGAGCGUGGAAAGAGCUUUAGUGAUAAUGGAACACUUGGAAAACAUCAACGGACUCACACGGGGGAGAAACCAUUUAAAUGCAUGGAGUGUGGAAAGUGCUUCAGUCAGAGUGGACACCUCAAUAUACAUCAACGGACUCACACGGGGGAGAAACCAUUUAAAUGCAUGGAGUGUGGAAAGUGCUUCAGUCAGAAUGGAAACCUUAGAACACAUCAACGGACUCACACAGGGGAGAAACCAUUUAAAUGUUUGGAUUGUGGAAAGAGCUUCAGUCAGAAUGGAGAACUUAAAUUGCACCAGAGGAUUCACACAGGGGAGAAACCAUUUAAAUGCAUGGAGUGUGGAAAGAGCUUUACUGAUAAUGAACACUUUAGGAGACAUCAACGGACUCACACAGGGGAGAAACCAUAUAAAUGUAUAGAGUGCGGAAAGAGUUUUAGUGAUAAUGGAAGCCUUAGAACACAUCAACGGACUCACACAGGGGAGAAACCAUAUAAAUGUAUAGAGUGCGGAAAGAGCUUUAAUGAUAAUGGAAGCCUUAGAAGACAUCAAUGGACUCACACAGGAGAGAAACCAUUUAAAUGCCUGGAGUGCGGAAAGAGCUUCAGUCGGAGUGAACACCUUAGAAAACAUUGGCAGACACAUGACGGAGAAACUGUUUAAAUGUAUGGCGUGUGGUAGGAGCUGCAGUCAGAGUGGAACCCUUGAUUUAUGUCAAGAAACUCACACAAAAGACAAACCUUAUAAAUAUCAGGAAAGUAGAUAGAGGUUCAGUCCUAGUGGAAGUUCUAAAUCAACAGACUCACGGACAGGAAGAACUUUUGGAGUUGAAACCUUAGAAACCAUCAACAAACUCAAAGAGGAGAAGCAAUUUAAAUGGAAAGAUUGCAAAAAGUGCUUUAUUUACAAUGGAGUGUUUAAGGAACAUCCAGGGACUCUCACAUGGAAGAACCCAUUUUGGUGUCUGGAGUGUGGGACAUCUUCCUCUCAGAGUCCACUCUUUUCUUCACAGAAAUGAACUCAGCAGGAAAUCAGUCAUUAACACAUGUUGUGUAUGUGAAGUUCUGGAAUUUAUGUGUAAAACUGUAUAGUAAUGAAAUAUUGAAGGCAAUGUCAAACAA